UUAAAGGUUCCCUAUCAUGCAAAUGAGCACCCGUGAAAAUUGCUCUCUGACAACUCCAUUGAUGGCUCCAGGCUCCCUAGCAACGGAUGUAAAUCAUCUGGUGAGCUACGCGACGGCAGUCAGCUGUGUUUGCUCCACUUUGGAGCGGCGGAGAAUGGGAGGGGCACUUGCCUAUCUGCACACACACACACACACACGCACACACUUCAUAGUGGAUGCUGCCGGCUCUGUCUCGAGCAGCCGGAUUUGGAGUGCUCCUGGAUCAUGCUCAUCGGUCAGCACUGAUUCAGCAACAACCGGGGCAGGGGGACCAUGGACAUAGCGGAUACAGUUUAGUGGAGGGGGCUUAGGGGAGUGCCCCCCGAAAAUGGGGAACGGCAUCCACAAACGGAUUCAGACGGAGAAAAAGCCCCCUGGACUCUGGGAGAAACCAAAAGGCAUCUGGCUGAUUGGACGAACAGACAAACUAAAGACAGCUGGGACCAAGAACAACGAUGAGCAAAAGAAGUUGGGAGCGCACUACUCGGCCUCGCAACACUUCCAGGAGAAUGUUUUCAUCGAGGCCGAUCGACCUCAGUACCUGGAGGACUUGCACUCGGAGGCUCGGGAGGGCUUGAAAAUAUUACAGCAGGAAGGUCAUCAGCAAGAGCACGACAGUGGAGGAAACUUUGGCGAAGAUGAAAGCUGCGCUUCGUCAGACACAGGACACCCAGAUGAUGAUCUUCACUCCAAAGACGAGAGUGGCUCUCUGGAGUCCAACUCAGGGAUUAACGAUACCACAAGAACUUCCAGACCUGUUCUCACCCGCCAAAGUUCUACAUUCAAGCCCCUGUAUUCAGUCAAAAGGUUAGAAAAGAACAGGAAGAGGAACAGAAGGACUACCAUUAUGGGGAUACCCAACCAAGUCCAGAAAGAACUUGCAUUGCACAGAUGCUCAACCGCUCAGCAACCCAAUAACAACAACCAAUCGGGUUCUUUGAUCAUUCCAACUCUUGAUGGAGGGACUCCAGUGAUGACCAAGGAAGGAGCAAGGGUGCACCUAUCCGAGCUGGAAAUAACCGAUGGUAAGCAUCUUCAAGAAGUGUCCAAGAACAAUGACCAACAGAGUUUUGGAAGCCCUCGCUGUCGUUCUUCAGUCAUCAGGCCCAAGUCCGUUGCAGUACCUGGACUGACCACCUUCAAUCCUUUAAUGAGCUUCCUCUCAGAACCCCAGGGUCCCGUGAUGUCCGUAUCUCCUCAGGCGACCUAUCUCUCCACAAUCAUCCCAAACGCAGUGCUGCCAGCCGGCAUUGAAGUCAUCGAGAUUGAGCGUGGCAGUGUCAAGAGUGCUCACGCAGUAAGCAAAAACAGCCCGGCGGCUUCCGUGACCUCGUCAGCCAGCCCUUUUCUCUCCAGAAAAUCAGAUUGUGACAGUUCCCGCGCAGAUAGUUCCUUCAAUAAUCCAACAACACACAAAGCGGAUCUCAAUCCGGAGGAAAGUCGGGUGAACCCGACAGGGGACCGAGAACUCUGCGUCCAGACUUUGACCCCAGACUCUGAACCCGUCAUGUCAUGUUCCAGUAGAGAUGAGGCAAAGAUCAAACGUAAUUCAACUCGGAGUCUCUCCGUUAUCAAGACCAAGCUGCCCCCAGCACCUCCGCGAAGAUCAAAUUCGCUUUAUUUGACUAAGAUUCAAAAGAGUCAAGCAGAAGGUAAAGAUACAAAAGUAUCAAGUGAGGAAUUACAAUCAGUCACAAGCAACAUUCCGGAUCCUGUCUCAACCUGUCUGGCAGAACCCAAGUCCCAGUCUUCAAACCCCAGUCAGGAUUCUGCUUGCGAAGCAAAAAGCGCUCAAGAGUCUGUCUCGGAAUUCAAAGAUCCAUCAGAAGGUGAGAAAUUUGAACGGACCAUUUCGCCUUCCAGUGGCUACUCCAGUCAAAGUGGCACCCCGACGCUUUCCCCCAAAGACAUGGCCCCAGAUAAACACAAGAUCAAACCGCUUAAACCGGAGAGAUCUGCGUCUCGGGCGUCAUCCUCGGCGUCUCCUUCUUCAUCGCUGACCUCCUUAUCGUCCGGGACGUCCGAUCCUGUCAAUUCGGAUGUCUCCAAUUCUUGCACAAGCGGCUUGCCCGCAAAAGAACUCACGUCACCUUUGAGGGUGGAAGUCAAAGAGCUAUGGACUGUCCCACCACCUCCCAAGGUCAAAGCACCAUGUCCUCCUCCCCCCGAAACCUGGGCUCAGAACAGUCACACCUUUACGCUCCUGUGUGGUCCGAGCCUCCAAACUGACAAAGUAGUCCCGGAAUCAACAAAGGCGCAGGAGAGCGCCGUUACAGAAGAAGGAAGCCAAACCGGUUUUGAAACUCGAGACAAAGCAGAACCGACAGAAAUCAAUCCAAAGGACGAGAAACUGUUCUGCGAGAUUCAGACUCAUCAGGUUGAAGAAAACACGGAAUGUUUAGCUAGCUUAGCAUGUUUAUCUGAUGAUGGGAUCGAAACGACACCAAAAGAACAAGGCCCGGGAACCAACGACUCCGCCAGUUGUGUCAUUUCCGCAAAAAAAGAGCCGCCCCCCGUCAUGAAGAAACCACAACUGAAAGAAGACGUCAUGCUGACAGAGGAACCAAAAGGAGAAAGUUGCCACACCACCACCAUCAAUGACUCUGAGGUUGAAGUCCGAUCAAAUUGUAUAGAACCCCAAAACAUUCCUAAAAACUCCCCGCCACCUUCUCCUCCGCCUCCUUAUCAACCUACGCCGCCUCGUUCGAGAAAGUCACCUCCCACCUCGGUAUCGACAUUGCCGGUUGAGUUAGAAGGAAUCCAGGAGGAAGGUCGUGCUGCUGAAUCGUCUUGGCCGCCUCCCCCGCCUCCCUUGGAGGGAGAAUCGGUUUUUGAUGGAGGGGAUGAGAUCGAAUUUCCUCUCCCGCCUCCACCGGACAAUAUCCGAGCUGAGGACACCUGUGCUUCAGAGACGGGUGUUUCAGACACACCUUUGGAGAAAUCUGAACCAGGACAAUCCACACCCCCAGAUCCAGUUCAAGACGCUGGACCAUCACCAAUAUCAUGUUCAAGCAACAGUCCUGCAGAAAUCCAACCGUCUUCCGGCAGUGUCCUAAAGCGACACUCGCUUGAGAUGGAAAGUCACUCCAGGAGUGAGUCUCCCACCACUUCCCAGCUCCCGACUCCUUCCCCAAUGGAGAACCUUGCCUUCAGAAGGCCACCCAGUACCGUCCACAGAGACAACAGGAACAAGGAGCUUUUAGCCCGCCACAAAAGCGCGCCCAUUCCUAAAGAGGACGCCAACAUCCCUCUCGUCACCCCGUCGCUACUCCACAUGGUCCGACUACGCACUGUCAGUACGAGCGAGGAGAGUCCGGAAGGCUCUCCGCAGCAGAACACUCCACCGAAGCCAACUCGGAAGUCGCUUCAAUGUUCCCCUCAGGCGGUGAAGAAGUACGUGAUGCCAAACACGCCUUCCAUGCGAUUACAAGAAGCCAUUCGUAUAAAAACGGCGGCGUUGUCGUCAAGAGAAGGUCUUCCGUGCCGGCUGGGGACGAGAGCGUCCUACCACUGUGCCGGGGAACCGGGGGUCUUGUCCUUCAAAUCAUCCGACACACAAAGGUUACCGGCUUCUACUGCGAGCUUCAUCUUCUCCAGGAGCACAAAAAAGACUGUGAUGGACAGCGCCGGGCCUGGCUCUUCGCCUGAAGGUCAAACUAACGUGAAGCAAAAUUCGGCAGCUGAUCUCGUGCGACUUUCCGACCCCGGGACAAAGUCCGAACGGGUUCCCCCGCCCGUAGCCAGGAAACCUUCACAAGGCAGCGUCGGGUUUUCACCAAAUGCUUGUGCAGCUAGGAUGGAGAUGGGCGUUCCUGCCAGAGAUCCGAACGGAACACAACAACGUUCCAAGGGAAUCCCGCUUCCCGAGACAACUACAAGAGUGACCGCAGACACAAUCGAAACACUGUUUUAAAAGCACUUUGUGGUGCUUCACCAAGAGGAAAGCCGACAAGCAAGUCAAGGACUGCAUCAAUUAUUAGCUAACGAGUUGAGUGGACUGAAAGAAAAAAAAAAGCCUUAGCCUAAAAUGGCCUUCCAAAUGUAUUUAUGCAAAUCAAUAGCUACCAAUUUCUUAUGAUAGCUUUAUUCUGGAGUAUUUUUCUAAGCUGUUUUCGGACACUCAUGAGAAACUGGUGUAAAUAUGGGCUGAAGUGUAAAUACUAUGUGAGGGCGCCCCUAGCGGUUGAAUUAGGGAGUGUUCAUGUACAGAGAUUAGACGUGGCCUGACACAUAAUUUAACACACAUUAACAUGAAUCAAAGUUAUUGCUUGGGGAAGCGUGUAGAAAUAAAUAAUUCAGUUGCGACAAAGGGAAAAAGCAUCGAUAAAAUGAUUUUUAAAAAAAAAAAGGUUAUUUAGAAGAGAAGCACUUUUGUAUAGCUACAGAUGAUCAAGGCUUUUAUCGGAUUCCCAUCAUUUCUCCCUGGUCUGCAAUAAAAGACAAUUUGACAUAAA